CUGAGAUCGCGGCUUUUGGCCAAAUCGGAGGCAAUGUUGUCCAGGACGGCAGAAGUAGAAUCGACAGCUUCGGAUACAUUGAUGUCAAAAGCAGAACAGGCCUUUGUAAAAUUUUGAAUGAGUGCCUCUGCAUCCUGGGCAGCCUCGUCCUGCAUAGGGAGCCUCUGUUGGAGGUCGACGUCCGAGCCGAAGAGCAGCUCGAUGAUCUGCCAUAAACAUUUCCAUUCAAGUGUUCGUGAUAUUGAUCAUGACAUCGGACCUCAAUAUCUCUUUGGAGGAUCACCUCCGCGAUACUCUCUCCUCAGUACAGAGACUGCUGCCUUGCGAGCUCUCGGCGCAAUUACAGAUUUACUUUACCCAACCGAAGCCAGCCUUGAUUCCAUAUACCGUGCUCCAAUCUGUAUCCCAAUGGUCCCGGUCACCGUCAGGAUCCUCUGCACUCCGGUCAGCUACACCUCCUCGAGAUCCGAAUAAUUUCAGUAUGGUUUCGCUCCUUGCUGGGACCACAACUUCACCUGAACGCAAGUUCGGCUCUUAUGUGCUACCACGGGACCCGGAGGAAAUAGAAGCGGAGAGAAAACGAGAGAGAAGGGCCAUAACGACGCUGAUGAACGCGCUACUCAGUGUCGGUGGCUCAGGAUUUGCAGCUUGGUGGGCAUCACAGCACGCAGGAUGGAAGAAGGAAUGGCGAGCCCUCUUUGGGCUGUUCGUUGGAUUCGUUGUCGCCAUUGCAGAAGCAGUCCUAUAUCUCAUUUGGAAGUCGCGACACUCUGCUCCAACGAAGAAAACUCGUCGGCGACACCAGGAAUCUGCAAGGCACAAGAAGAACGAGGGCGAUGGUGAUUCAUCAAUUGUAGAGACAGAGUACAGUGAAGCCAGACUACGACGACGGGGUAACCCAGACCAAUCCAUUCCUAGCGAGUAAUACAAAAUAUACACUACUAACACAUCUUCAGAGUUCUCAUAAACAUCGAGAGAUACCACCCAGUUAAACCCCAUAUUUCUAAUCUAUUGUCCUUCCCAAUCCCUAUUUCAUUGUUAUCGUU